GUAGCAAGUCACAGCUGCAGUCUCACGCAGGGAGACAUCAGAGCUCUUCUUCCUCCCUUACUCGUAGCAGCAGCAGCAGAGAAGAAGAGAGAUGGGUUCAUCGGCGGAGCAGGAUUACGACUACUCCUUCAAGAUACUGUUGAUAGGGGACGCCGGCGUGGGGAAGAGCUGCCUCAUUCAGAGCUUCAUGUCCCACUUCGUCGACAACCACCCACCCACCCUCGGGACGGAUUUCCAGAUCAAAUAUCUCACAGUCGGUGACAAGAAGCUGAAGCUUACCAUAUGGGACACUGCUGGGAAUGAGAGGUUCAGGACAUUAACUACGUCUUACUAUCGAGGUGCUCAUGGAAUAAUUAUGGUUUAUGAUGUGACGAGGCCAGAAACCUUCACCCAUUUGACUGACACGUGGACCAAGGAAGUGGAGCAACACUCUACAAAUCAAGACUGUAUUAAGAUUCUUGCCGGAAACAAAGUGGAUAAGGUAAACUCUUCGCACCUUGUCAUCAUUGUCUCAUCCUUGUGUCAUCAGAACUGUAAGAUCCAAUUGCCAGUAUCGUGA